AAAAGUAGAACCAUUUAUAUAUAUACAAAGGAAAAAAAUGUUUGGUAGUUAGAUAACCAACACAUCAUUGAGCCAUGUGCAACAUUGCUUGGUGGGCAAUAUGCGAUGGCCCUUGAUGUACAAAACAGCACACACUGCAACAACAACUCUCAAUUUCAACUCCCCACAAACUCUUGUAUUUCCCUUGAUCAAUCCAGCAAAAAUAAUUCAAUUCCCAGCUCAUGGCAUAAAUUUUCAAAGGAUUAAAAAAGAGUGAUAAUAAUAAUAAUCAGGGAAGGUUCUCUCUCUCUCCCUCCUCUCUCUUCCCACUUGUUUGUCUCUAUAUAGACCCACUUGCUUCUACCUAUUUCUAUUCCCCAAAGUCCUCCCUUCUUUUCAGUCAGAGCCCAAAAUCUGAGAUGGGUUUUCGAAUCAGAGCUCUGUCCCGCCUGCUUUUACAAGUUCUGUUUUUCAUUUCACUAGAAAGUGCAAAAGCUGAAGAUUUCUACAACAUAAGCAAUGUGGGAAGUGGGAAGCAAGAGAGGACCUGUAAUUUGUUUGAAGGCAAAUGGGUUUUUGAUCCUUCUUUACCUCUUUAUGAAUCUUCAAGCUGUCCCUUCAUAGACCCCGAGUUUAACUGCCAAAAGUAUGGCAGACCGGAUCGAUCCUACCUUAAGUACACUUGGAAACCUGACUUCUGUGAUCUUCCAAGGUUUGAUGGGUUGGAACUUCUGAGGAGAUGGAGAGGGAAGAAGAUAAUGUUUGUAGGUGACUCGCUGAGUCUUAACAUGUGGCAGUCCUUAACAUGUAUGAUUCGAGCUUCGGCCCCAAAAACCAAAACCUCCAUAGUGAGGAGGGAGUCGGUCUCUACUGUGAUUUUCCAGGACUAUGGAGUAAGCUUGCUUCUUUACAGAACGCCGUUCCUUGUGGACGUAGUGAAGGAGAGGAUUGGAAGAGUACUAAAGCUUGAUUCCAUUGAAGGAGGCAGUGUGUGGAAGGGAAUGGAUGUGCUCAUAUUCAACUCAUGGCACUGGUGGACCCACACAGGAAGAUCCCAGCCGUGGGAUUAUGUGCAAGUAGGAAAUACAGUGAGGAAAGAUAUGGACCGUCUAGAGGCAUUCUAUCAAGGGUUGACCACCUGGGCGAGAUGGGUCGAAAUGAAUGUUGAUCCCACUAAAACCAGGGUCAUUUUCCAGGGAAUCUCCCCCACUCAUUAUGAGGGAAAGGAUUGGAACCAACCAAAGAGGAGUUGCAACGGAGAAAGUGUACCACUUUCGGGGUCACUGUAUCCAGCAGGGACACCCCCCGCUGCAGAAAUUUUAAAGAGAGUGCUCAGUAGAAUGAGGAAGCCAGUUUUCUUGCUGGACAUUACAACGUUGUCACAACUGCGGAAAGAUGCUCAUCCCUCUACUUACAGCGGCGAGCAUGGGAGAGAUUGCAGCCAUUGGUGCCUUCCCGGUUUGCCCGACACUUGGAAUGAGCUUCUCUACGCAGCUUUCACCAUGUGAAGGCCAACCGCAAAACACUUGAAGCUCUUUUCGUCUCUGCGAUUCCUCACAGGGAGUGUUAGAUGAUAGAACUUCAUUCAUUUGAUUAACCACCUUAACGGUAAUUGGAAGCAAGAAAGUAAUGGCAACAAAGCAAUUGUCCUAAAAUUAAUGUAAUGGCAACAAAGCAAUUGUAUAAAGUAUUUUAGUUGUUGGAGUUUCUUAAAAUAGUUUCAAAUCGACAAGGAAAGAAAGAAUACUCGUGACUGGUGAGAGAUUGUAUGAAGAUAAAUGUUUGGAAUUAAAUUGGAUAGACGGGUCCAAUUGAAAUUGA